AGCAGCGGUACUGCACAUCCACCAGGACUCCGGCUGCGUUGAGUCAGUCCGCCGUAGAUCUGCCGACUGGAGGGAUGUGACCCCGGAACAGGACGCCCUCCUACAACAACACACCAUUCAAACAGAGCACAGAAGAAAGAAAAGCUGGACCAGGAGGGAGCCACGGGAGCAGGGGGGAUGAACCGCGAGGAGGCCCCGGGGAAGUCUCCUGAAGACAUGUACAUUCAACAGAAAGUGCGGGUCCUGCUCAUGCUCAAGAAAAUGGGAUCAAAUCUUACACCAAGUGAAGAGGCUUUUCUCCGGAACUACGCAGGUGUGGUCCACAGUCAGAUGAGCCAGCUACCACAGCACAAUAUAGACCAGGGUGCAGAGGACGUAGUGAUGGCGUUCUCACGGUCAGAGACGGAGGAUCGGCGCCAGUGACCCUCGGCCCCCCCUCCCUCUCAUUCCACCCCACUGCAUCCCACCCCGCCCCCUUCCCACCCCGCACGUGAUCCACAACAACCCAAACUCCACAAUCACGUCACUGAUGAGCUCAGGAGAGGAGGGGCACCCGGGAGGGACGGAAGAGGAGGGGAAGAGACACCAGGAGGUGGCUGCCUCACUCUCCCCCAACCUUUUCCCCACCCCCCGACUCCUCCUCGUACAAGCUGGCACACCAUUACCUGAGAUGCACUCAAGUGCUUCACUGUGGGUUGAAGCCUUGGCAACAAGGCAGUCAGUGAAAACACUCACAGAUUGUGUGGAUGAAUAUCAAAUGUAGUUUUUUUUUUUUCAUUUUGAUGGGUUUUGUAUUAUUUCGUCUGUGUUGAGACUUUAGGCAGUGUUACAUGUUAUAUCUGCUGUGGUCGCUGGAGGAAUUGACCAGUCAGCAGCUGAUUGAAGCAAAGAGAAAUAUAGUUUUGGUCAAGCAGCGAAUGUGAUGAUCGUUAGGGGAGAGAUUUUAAUUAUUUCUGCUUACCCUAAUGGGGCUGAAAUUGUUUUUGAUUUAGCUGUUUAGUUAUGAAGGCUUUUUGUAUUCUGUCACACAAGGGGCCUCAUUUAUAAAUAUUUCAUGUGUAUAAAAAGAAGCGUAUGUCUCCCACGCAGGCAAAGUAGUCAAAUAAAAGCCAAUGUGUUAAUGAUUCCUCUCAGAUAAUUAUUUUCACUUUAGAUCAAAUUCUGGCCUGUUUAUUUAAUCGCCUUUGUGCAGCAGAGGGUCAGCUAUAGAAGCCAGAUGUUCCGGUGACAUCGAUCUGUUUUUCUUAAUCAGUUUGCAGCUACAGGAUGUUCUUUUCUGCAUCAAUCUUGCUCAUUUGGCUUUCUGAUCAUCUUUUCUUGAGACAUACUAGAAAUAUAAACAACAGCAAAAGAGAAAAGUUUAACAUCCUCAACGUUUUCUCUAUUUCUUCCUCUGCAUUUGCAGAGUUAUUCUCAAGUACGAACGCUAGAAUGUCGUGCUGAUUGAUGUGUGUAUUAACACUCACAACAGACCCGCCAUUAAUCCUUCAUGUUUAAUUGUAGGAAUUAACAGGGCGGGAUGAUGACGCUGGUGUCAUGACUGAUGUGAUUUUCUAAGUUAAGAUGAGCGCUCUGAGUUUUCCCUUCUACGCACACUUUUUUUUAUAAAUGAGGCCUCGUUUGUUCUUCUGCUGCUUUAUUUUGAACCUGAGGCUGUUGAGAGUGCAACAGUGCUUUUCUCCUGAAGAGAGCACAAGAAUUAAAAAGACACUAGCAGAUAUAAUCACAUGAAACACAGGUGUACACAUUCUCCCUAAACACACACUGGUUUUGGGUUAUUGUGACAUGUAAAACCUUUUUUUUUUAAUUAUUAUUGUACAGAUAGUUGGAAAAAUACAAUAAUGAAUUGAUUGUGCCAAUUGUACUUUUGUUGUUUUUUUAUCUAUAAGAUAAAAGUAACAUAAUGAUCGAGACAAUUGAUAAGAGACAAGUUGUAGUUGUAAUUUAUUGUUUACUGAAUUGACUCCCAGUUCCUCCAACGCAUCAUUAAAGAUGGAGAACCAGUAGAUAGUGAAGUCCUAACAUGAGUCGCUCCUUUGUGUCAUCAGCGGCGGCUCUUUGUUCACACUAAAACACACAAACUCUAAUUUUUUUUCUACCUGUAACUAAACAUAAGAACUGUGUGCUAUUUCUGACUGUACUGUAUCUCUUGCACUAUUACCGAUGGGAUAUCUGCAAAAAAUACAUUUUGAUAUUUAGCACAGAGAUUCUAUGUUUGUUUCAAUGGAUAAAAGAAACCUUUGUAACCCUGUUUUUAUUCCCUCUGUGACUUUAAAAAAGAAAAGAAAAAAACAAACCUUCUCUGUGUUAAUUGACUCAACUGGAAUAGCUCGAAUGAAAUAUUUGUUAACAAUCGACAUGUUUUUCUAGUGACAUGCUCAAUAUUUAAUGUGUUUUAAGUACAGUUUGUUAACUUGUAUAACUUAAAAUAAUUGUACCGUAAUGUUCUGAAGCCAAGCAUGUCUGCCUCGUGGUUUAUAAUGUUCAUUCGAGUGGAGGAUCUUUGAAGCCUCGCCACAAUGACCAUUGUUUGUACAUUCUCGACGUUCGUGGAAGCUACUAGCUCUUUUAAAAUGUUUCAGAAAAAAAAAUACAAAUCUUUUUCUCUUUUUUUUUCAAAUGGGUAAACUGUUAUCCAUUUUUAUCUUGUUGGCAAUAACUUCUAUUUGAAUGUCCUCAGCAAUCAUCGCAAAUGUAAACAGCCAACAGGUGUGUCACGCUGACGAAGACGUUUGUCUUUUCAUGUUUACUUUUGUUUUAAAACAUUCUUUAUUUGUCUAUGCAUUUUUUUUUUUGUCCUCUAAAAGGCGUCUUACUGUACAUUUGACCUAUCAGGGUUGUUCUACAGCCUUUUGUUCAAGUCGUGGAUGAAUGAAUGUGUCUAUGUGUGUGUGGGUGUGUGAUCAUCAUUGAAAAUGCUACCGGUUUUAUUUUCAGCAUGCUGUUGAGUUUGAGUAGGAUCGAUGUAUCUUUUUACUGUGAUGACCUGACGUUGCCUAAUUGUCCUUUUUUUGUUGAUUUUUUCUUUUUUUUUUCUUUUUGAGUUUUUUUUUUUGUGUGUGUUGCCUUUGUAUUUUUAUUUUUCUCUCGGUCGACAUCGACUAGUUGGUUUCGUUUUGUAUGGCUGCUGACCAUGUCUUGACUUAAUGCUUCCAAAUCCUAUACCAACUGAACCAUUAAAGAUAUUUUAAACAGUGA